CUCUCUGGAUUUUCACUUUCUUCACUAAGAUCUUUCCAUUACUUUUUCUUAGUCGGUUGUCGAUUUCAUUUGUUUCGGCGUUAAAUUCGGAUUCUAGUGGUCUGUUUCUAGCACUGUGGUGUGAUCAAUAUGGCUAAAAUUUAGGGAAAAUGUCUGAAACCCUUGUUUUCCCACUGUUUGAAGCUAAAUCCAGCGUUACCUGAUUGUGUGAUAUGGGAUUUGUUAGCUCCUUGAUUGAUUUGAGUUUUGGUUUGUAGAGACGAUCGAUGCUGGAUUGAUUGAUAGAGAGUAUUGCUUAAGUUUGGUAGCUAACCCUAGAAAAAGUAAAAGCGUUUGAAAUACUUUGAUUUCAUUAGAAAUCUCCUUUUUCCUAAACGGAAGUUGAAGCAAAACCCUAGUAAUUAAGUCAUCAUGACCACCGAAUUGGACAACACGUCGGCCGUCAACGAGUCCACGGUAUCCGGCGAAGCUAGUAUUUCUUCUCUGGGCAAUCAGACGGCGGCGCCUCCAGAAAAGCCAGUGAAAAGGAAGCGAAAUUUAGCCGGCAUGCCAGAUCCAGAUGCAGAGGUGAUUGCCCUAUCUCCCAAGACUUUAAUGGCUACAAACCGAUUUGUUUGCGAAAUUUGCAAUAAGGGGUUUCAGAGAGACCAGAACUUGCAACUCCAUAGAAGGGGACAUAAUCUGCCAUGGAAGCUUAAACAGAGGACAAGCAAAGAGAUUAGGAAGAGAGUCUAUGUAUGUCCCGAGCCAUCAUGUGUUCACCAUGAUCCAUCACGGGCGUUGGGCGACCUCACGGGGAUCAAAAAGCACUUCUGUAGGAAGCAUGGUGAGAAGAAGUGGAAAUGUGAUCAGUGCUCGAAAAAGUAUGCAGUUCAGUCUGAUUGGAAGGCUCAUCUGAAGAUAUGUGGAACCAGAGAGUAUAAAUGCGAUUGUGGGACUUUGUUUUCGAGGAGGGAUAGCUUUAUUACCCACAGAGCAUUUUGUGACGCAUUAGCCGUGGAGAGUGCUAAGGGUCAGGCAGAGGAUGAACCUUCCAAGAAAGAUGAAGACCCGAAGCCUCUAUUGAUAGAAUCAGCACCACAAUCAACCUCAACAGCAUCACCGCCUCCACCACCGCCACCAGCAUCACUGCCGCCACCUCCACCCACCACCACCACCCCUGCAGUGCCUGUAACAUCUUCAGUUUUGUGUAUUGCAAAAACUCCAGAUUUACCAGAAAUUUCCAAGUCCAAUAAUGAUUCUAGACCUGUUUUGGAGAAUCCAUCACAACUGGUAGCAGGGUUAACGGGAAGCUCUAGUGGCAGCUGCAGCUCAACCAAUACAGGAAGCACAAGCAGCAGUGUAUUUGCAAGCCUAUUUGCAUCAUCAACUGCAUCCAAAACCUUACAGCCACAACCACAACCUCAAACAACUGGAUACAAAGACCUAAUUCGAUCUAUGACUCAGCCUACGCAAACACCCGAUCUUACACUACCAUCUUCAGCUCAAGAAACUAUAUCACUAUGCUUAUCUACCAACCAGGGAUCCUCGAUUUUCAGGACAGCGGGACAGGAGCUCCGGCAAUAUGCUCCUCCACCUCAGCCCACCAUGUCAGCAACAGCAUUACUUCAGAAAGCUGCUCAGAUGGGUGCAUCUGCCUCCGGUGCAUCACUACUCAGGGGUUAUGGGCUUGAUGCUGGGCAGCGAGAUGACACAGAUGGUGGUGCAUCCAUUGGGCUGGGGCUCGGUGUGGGCUAUGAUGGGAGGUCUGGUUUGGAAGAGCUCAUGAUGGGGACUCCAUCCGUAUACGGGCCUAAGCAUACCACUCUUGAUUUUCUCGGGUUAGGUAUGGCGGCUGGUGGUGGAACAACCAACGGUCUGUCGGCUCUGAUGACAUCCAUUGGCGGCAGCCUUGACGUUACAGCUGCUGUUUCGUCAUUUGGACGUGGUGGCAGAGCAGGCAGUGGCGAAUUCACCGGAAAAGACAUGGGGACGCAGUAGGCACUUGGCACCGAUGGCCCAGAUUUUCUUUGCCUUGGCAAUUUCUAGUGUGGUAACUCUUGUCUGUAGUAAUUAGCUUAAAUUAGUAAUAUGGAUUUUAUAUUUAUUUUUUUACUAGCUUGAUGUAAAUUAAUAUUUCAUCUCUAUUUGUAUAAUUAAAUCCAGAAAGAAAAAGGAAAUUGAUGGGAGUCUGGAUUUCCAUUUGCUUAGGAGUCAACC